AUGAUCUCGAGGACUGCCUCCAGUGGCGCCGUCUGUCUCGGGUGCCGCCUGCUCCUCCUUCGCCAAUCCGCCCUGCCGCGUCGUAUACUCCCGCUCCGUGCCGGCCGUGUCUUAGUUGACCACAGCCAAACCACGCGGCGAUGGUUCGCCAACGAGGCGUUUGCUCGGGAUGGCGAGCCAGAUGCGAAACAUGACGACAACCGGCUGUGGGAAGAAGAUACAAACCGCGACCUCGGCCGGAACGAACCAUUCGACGAUGGGGAACCGUACCCAGAUCUUUCCAGGCCGCCCCGAAUACCACGGGAAAAGAAUUUCAGAUCCAUGAAGAGGCUCAAUAUACGGAAGCGGCAUCUUUCUGGAAAGAAGAUCUUGACAGAAACGUCAGAAAGCCUGGGCUCUGACAUGCUGGGAAAGCCUGCUUAUGCAAUUGUCAUGAGGGAUGGUGGUCUGUACAGGCCGAAGAAACGAGCGGUCAGCAGCGACAACGCCGACGAGAGCUCUAAAGAGCGAGUCGAUAUCGAGGCCCUCCUCGACAGCCAGCUCGUUCCUGCUACCGAAACCGAAGUGCGCGACAAUAUCAACGAGCUACGACCCAAGUCCGAGAUCUACCUGUCACAGAAAAGGUUUCGAAGGAUACGCAAUGAGUUGGAAGAAGGCUUCCUGAAGUCUCAGCUGAGUUGGUACCUCGAGUCCUUCAAGGCAGAAAAGAAAACCACGGAGUCGGCAGCUACACCCCUGGGGAACGGACCGCAAGAGCUCGACGUCUAUGCCUCUCAGUUCAAAUGGAUCCGUCAGUGUACGCCCUGGGUUCCCCUGGGCUCCAAUCGGCGGCCCUUGAGCGGCGGUGAUGGCUCGAACCGAGAUCUGUAUGGCUAUGUCACACCAAAGAUGAGCGACAAGGCCCGAGCAGCCGUUCGGAUCAUGCGAGAAUGCUGGGGCUUGCAUAUCCAGGAGCUGAUGAACGGGCUUGGGGAGAUCAAGAUCACGCUGCAUGCUCACCAGUUUGUCCUGCUGAUGCGUGGCACACGGCGUUUCUUGCGACUACUCAGUAACAUGUACCUGGACCCGGGCGAGAACAUUGAAGCCUUCAAUAACCAGAAGACACUCCGUAUCGUCGCAACACGGGUCAAGUCCCAAACCAUCAUCAAGGAACUCGAUGCCACCCUACAAAGGAUUAGGCAGAGCACCUUUCCUGUAUCCCAGGUCACUUCACGACCCGAGGAUCUCACUGAUGCUUUGCUUGAGGAGCUUGGGCGUAUAACAAACACACACGUGAGGUUUAGCGACACAGGGAAACGGAUACACGUUACUUGGCUCCAGAUUGCGAGUCGCGAUCAGUACGAGGUCGAGGAUCUAUCUCAUACCGUUUUCCGACUGCUCCUGACCGCCCUCCAACCCGAUACCGCCACCCGAAAGCUUCACCUUCCGACAUCGCUCGACGAUACAACUCACGGGCGAUACUUGAUUGAUCAUACCAACAAGGAAAAAUGGGCUUGGAAGAAUAAGCUUGAGCCAUGGGCACGCUACGUUUUACCAGCAACGGUUUCAGAGCCUGAGAUGUUGGCAGCACCUGUCGACGACGCUGUUGAGGUCGCCAAGGUCCCGCUCACCCUCGCUCUACCACUUGAAGAAACCCUGCUCGCAUCUAAACUAGCGGAUACUACUGUCGAGGACCUGGGCUCAUUGUCGGCACGCCUCCUAGAGGCCGCUUCCGCCCCCGAAGUUCAAGAGCUGACUCGAUUUCCCUACCAACCGGUACGAUGGUCUCCGAGAUCGUCUACUUCAACGAGUGCUGUCUUUGGCCAUGUCCUUCAUGCCGAUACGGUGGAGGCGCCGAGCGUCACAACGCUCCUCCGAGCACCCGAUCGCCAGCGAAUAUUCUCUCCGCUCGUCCCGCACCCCGAGAUCCUUGCCGACUUCGAGACACGCGAGGACACUAUGUAUCCCAUCUCCUCGACGAUCUUGAUCCGAUUCCUCCCCUCCCCUGGCGGGUCAGCCCCGGCCGAGACCCUCCGUGCGCCCGCCCUCGAGCUCCGGCUAACCCUUUCCGAACCAAACUCCGUCUCAAAAGAGCCCAUGAUCACAGGCGUGCACUCCCUGCGCGCCGUCGUCGAUACACACCACCACGACGUAAUGCAGCCGGCCGAACCUGUCGAUCUACGCAUAUCACAGACCGAAGCUGUAGCGCUAGAGGGCGGACCCGAGGCGAUCGAGCAAUGGCAGCCAUUGACCGACUUCCUGCGCCGGGCGCGCCUCGACCUGCGCGCUGGCAAGCUCGAGAUGCCGCCGCAGCAGCGGUUCCAGAUCCCCGUCCGGCUGUUCGCAAAGACGCAAGAGCAGCCGGCGUGGCCGAAGCAGCAACCGAAGAAGGCCAAGAGCGCUGAAGAGCAGCCUACCGCCGACGCUGACGAGUCCCAGUCCGACCUGUGGAGCACGCUCUACGACUUUGUCGGCCUGGAGCUGCACCGCAGUGUCAGCGUGGCGUACCCCGAGGAUCAGCGCUUCAGCGUCACGUACACCUCGAUUGAAGCCGGGCAGGGCGGAGGAAGGAGAGGCGAACUGAGCCUAAGGCCAGUGUCCGUAUUGCCUACCCCCACCAUCGCCUCUUCGGUACCUUCUGAGGAUAGUGACACGGCCUCCUCACACGAGACAACCACCCCUGCGGAUGAGCUGGGCGAAAAUGGUGAAGCCUCUGGCCGGGAACUGCACGACGACUACCUGCGUGCAUGCUUGGCAUUUGCCCGGAAAGCAGACUCCUGGGCUGGAAACUCGGCCAAGUGA